ACUGCGGUAGUGCCACUGCUGGGAACGCUGAUCGUUCGAAUUGGAUCGGCGUUCACACAGAAAUCCAGGAGUCGCGGUACCGGUAUAUAGGGAAGACCCAGAGAGGACACUUAACAACAACAGGCGGUUGAGCGCAUCCACGAUGGCGUUCCGUACGGCCCUCUGGAGCACCCUCGUCUUCACCAUUGCACAUCUUUCAGGACAUGUGGGAACCGUUGGUGGAGCUCGAACUCCCGUGACAGCUUACGGGAACGGUCCAAAUUUCGACCACCAAGGCCAUACCGUGGCUUCUCAGCCUUUCGGAGACUUGUCAUACCUGUCCUCGACUGACUAUACCCGUCUCGGCCACAGCGCCUUUCCUCAUUAUAACGUGCGGAUCAAGAGGUCAGACUUCUGCGACGGUACCGCAAACGCAUACACAGGGUACAUCGACAUCGAAGCGAGGCACUUGUUCUUCUACUUCUUCGAAAGCAGACGCGACCCCGAUCGUGAUGACGUGCUCCUCUGGACCAACGGUGGACCUGGCGGGUCGUCCUCUACCGGUCUGUUUAUGGAGCUCGGUCCCUGCAGGGUUACCAGUCCCACGAAUAUCUCUUUCAAUCCCUAUUCGUGGAAUGAGUACUCCAACAUAUUCUUCAUCGACCAGCCAAUUGGUGUCGGUUUCUCGUAUGCUGACCAUGGAGAGACUGUGGUAAGUCAAGAUAGUACAUUAUAA